AUGUUGCGCCAAGCUGUCGCCGCUCUCCCUAGAUCUCUUCGCGCCGCUGCGCCCAAGGCUUCCGCCAGUCAGCUCCUGGUGCGUCCACAGGCGUACGCUGUCAGCGCACCGGCUCUCAGAUCCUUCCAGCCCGCCACGUCAAGAUGGUACAGUGAGACUAAGGAGGAGAAAGCUGAGGAGAAGAAGACUGAGGAGGCCAAGGAAGAAAAGGGAGCCUCCGACGAGGUCUCGGAGCUAAAGAAGAGCCUCGAGGCCAAGGACGCCGAGGCACGCGAGUGGAAGGAUAAGUGCAUGCGCACCGUCGCCGACUUCCGCAACCUCCAGGACCGCACCCAGCGCGAGGUCAAGACGGCGCGCGACUUUGCCAUCCAAAAGUUCGCCAAGGACCUCGUCGACAGCGUCGACAACCUGGACCGCGCCCUGGCCAACGUCCCCGCCGACAAGAUUAACGCCCCCGAGAAGAACGACGAUAUCAAGGAGCUCGUCAACCUCUACGAGGGCCUCAAGAUGACCGAGCGCAUCCUUAUCCAAACGCUGGCCAAGCACGGCCUCGAGCGCCUGGAGCCCGAGGGCGAAAAGUUCAACCCCAACGAGCACGAGGCCACAUUUAUGACCCCGCAGCCCGACAAAGAGAACAACACCGUCUUCUUCGUCCAGCAAAAGGGCUUCAAGCUCAACGGCCGCAUCCUGCGCGCCGCCAAGGUUGGCGUCGUCAAGAACGCCUAA